CAGCGACUUGUCAAUAGACAGAGCAGGACACGGAUACAGAGGGAAGGAGGCAGACAGGAGAGGGGCUGGUAGGCGUAUCGCCUCCCGGGACAAACCGCCGCACAGUGUGAAAGUAACUGCAGGAAGGGACGGAGAUGCUCACCGUGGCGGAGCAGAGCGCUUUUUAACGACAGGGGAAAAGAGGACAUGAUUUGAGGCUAGUUUCCAGGCGGGAUUUAUCAUCCCUAUCUUUGUCUGAAGCUUCUUUUUUGUCCUGACCUAUAACGCCUCUAUCUGUAGGCUGCCAUCCACCGGUCAGCACGCACAGUUCUCCGGUGUCUCUCCUUGGAGAGACCGACGCGGAGAGAAGAGAGAGGUCAAGACAAAGUCACUUCUGUGGCUGAAAAGGGGGAACGACCAUUUACCAAGCUCCUCUGAUACUGCAGUUUCUUUUCUACCCAUUUGUACUCUUAUUGCUCAAUUUCUUACCUUGAAGCGGAUAAUCACCUUCCGACUAGCAACCCGAAAGGAUUAUUAUUACUCUACAACCAAGUGCAGGUAAAAUGCAAACAGCUGUGAAUGAGUGGAAUGUGAUGUUGGUGCAGGAAUGACAGCUGCUAUAUGGGGGAGCAAAGAGCAUCUAUAGGGGAGUUUACGUGGAGACCGGCUGAGUAGCCCGAAACGACGACCGUGACCGGUUUCAUCGAGUACAGAGACGUUUCCCCACUCUCCCUAAUCAUUGCUUUUCCUUUACUCUUUAACUAGAAACUGGAUUCCAGCGAUAUUAACACCCGGCGACUGUGUAUCUCCCUUUAAAUGAUCGAUUAACGGAGUCUUAACGGAAACGCGGGGAGCUCAUGUGGAGACCAAACGAGCGCACAACGCGGCGGUGCGCCGGUCUAACGGCGUUUUUUCCACACUCACAGUUCUGUCCCAGUGGACCAGCGGAGGACACUGGACUGCUGUAGGUUACAGGCUGCCACCGGUCGUGUACCCGUACCGGGAUUUUAAUGCAAACUCAACGGGAACUAAAUUGAAACGCCUCGUUUGCCCCACCACCACUCCAGGAGCCCUGCAGCGCGGCCAGCCUUGCUCCGUACAAGACCCCCCCCACAAAAAAAAAGUGGAUAUGAUUUCUUAUUUGGUUUGAAUUGUCUGACCAGGAGGAGGAUUAUUUAACACAUUCUUUGCUGAGUGGAGUUCUUCACCUGGCUUGAUAAGAGGGGAGAUAACCGGAGGAGAACUAGCCCCUACCUAACUGGAGAGGAGAGAGAGAGAGACGCGCAGGUCUUUGGAUCCAUCUCCCCCAGGCCUUUUCAGUCCAUCUACCAGUCACCACAAUGUGUCUUCAUGCUGAGUCUUAAUAAAUCACAGCACACCAAAUAGAGUUGCCCUGUUCCCAGUGGAGGAUAAUGGAACGGCUGUGGUUCUCUUUGCUGUUGCUGGCAGCAGCAUGCAGGGGACAGCCGUGUCCGAAACGUUGUAUGUGCCAGAGCCUUUCUCCAUCGCUCGCUAUCCUCUGCUCCAAGACAGGCUUGCUGUUUGUUCCUGCUGCCAUUGACCGACGCACCGUGGAGCUACGGCUCCAAGAGAACUUCAUUACGGCUGUCCGAAGAAAGGACUUUGCCAACAUGACCAGCCUGCUACAUCUGACUCUGUCCAGAAACACCAUCAGUCAGAUUCUCCCUUCAGCUUUUAGUGACCUGCGGCGACUGAGAGCACUCCACCUAGACUCUAAUAGAUUAACUGUGAUCAAGGAUGACCAUUUUAAAGGCCUGACCAACCUUCGUCACCUGAUCCUGGCCAACAACCAGCUCCACUCCAUAUCUCCCCACGCCUUUGAUGACUUCCUGUCCACACUGGAGGACCUCGACCUUAGUUACAACAACCUUGCCCAGGUGCCCUGGGACACGAUUGGACGCCUAACCAAUGUCAAUACCCUAAAUAUGGAUCAUAACCUCAUAGAAAAUGUUCCCCAAGGGGUAUUCACCAACCUACACAAACUGGCCAGGCUAGACAUGACAUCAAACAAACUGAAGAAAAUCCCCCCGGACCCAUUGUUCCUGAGAAUACCAGUUUACGCCAAGUCCAGAGGCUCCCCCCUCUCCUCCUUGGUGUUGAGUUUUGGUGGCAACCCCCUUCACUGUAACUGUGAACUUCUGUGGUUGAGAAGACUGACCAGAGAAGACGACCUCGAGACGUGCGCCUCUCCCCCUGACCUCAGUGCCAAGUACUUCUGGACAAUACCUGAAGAGGAGUUUAUUUGUGACCCACCAGUUCUGACCCGUAAGUCACCUCAUACAGUGGCUAUGGAAGGCCAGCCUGCCAGCCUGAAGUGCAAAGCAAAUGGCGACCCAGAGCCUGAAGUCCACUGGAUCAGUCCCGAAGGGCGACUUAUAUCUAAUAGCACCAGAACCUUGGUUUUCCCUAAUGGAAGCCUGGAGAUAAAUGUAACAUCCUUGAAGGAUUCAGGAAACUUCACCUGCAUUGCCUCCAAUGCAGCAGGUGAAUCCACAGGAAGGGUGGAGCUAGUUGUCAUGGCGACGCCCCAUCUGGCAAACAGCACAAGCCGCAGCCGAGACCCAUCCUCUGAACCUGCCCCCUCUGACAUCCUAACCUCCUCUAAGGUUGCACUGCCUAACAACGAGACAAGAGGGGGAGACCGGAGGGUCUCAUUGGUGGAACUGACAGGAAACUCUGCCCUCAUUAGAUGGAGCAGUCAGACUCCUACAUCUGGAGUCAGGAUGUUCCAGGUCCAGUACAACAGCUCUGGGGAUGACACACUGGUUUACAGGAUGAUUCCAUCGAGCAGCAAUGACUUCCUGGUUCGGGACCUCGCCGCUGGACGCAACUAUGAUCUUUGUGUCCUGGCCGUGUUUGAUGAUGUCAUCACAUCACUGACUGCAACACGUCCUUUGGGCUGUCUUUCAUUCACCACAGACACGGAGUUCAGUCAGUGCCAAGCACUGCACAGCCACUUCCUGGGUGGUACUAUGAUCAUCAUCAUUGGAGGGAUUAUUGUUGCCUCUGUGCUGGUUUUUAUUAUCAUCUUAAUGAUUCGAUACAAGGUUUACAGCAACCAAGGGGUAGGCCACGGAAAAGCAGGCAUUGCGGCAACUGCGGCUAGACCGCAAAGCAACGGACAAGGAGGAGGCGGACAGGUCCAAGUUCUCCCUCGAUCUGCCUCAAAAAUGCCUGACAGUCAGGAUGACCAAGCGCUAGCGCCGUCCAGGGCCAUGUCGCCUAGCAACACUCUGAGAGACACUGUGGCACUGGUCGAGGAGGAGAGCAGUGGACGGGGCAUAAUGACAAGGACUGACUCCUUGGCCAAUGAGGAGUUGCUCUCGCCUACCAAAGCCCGCUUCUCCUCCAGGGUCGCCAUUGAGAUGAAAAGCAGACCGCCAUCUGUCGCCAAAGAGCCCACCUCCCCCAAGGACCUGGCAGGUAGUAGAGAGACAGGUAGGGAGGAAGAGAUAGACAUAGAGGAGGCAAGCAGCAGAGCAAGAAGCAAGUAUUUCAGUGAGAUGGAAAGAAAGACAAAAAGAAGUUGAUAGAGAAAGAGUGGGGGCGAUAUGAAGAAGGGGGAACAAAAAAAAUACAGUCAAACAGAAAAAGAUGGAGGAUGAGAUAUAGAAAAUGUGAAAUUGAGGGUGUGAAAUUGAGCAAGAUAAUAACGGAGAGUGGAACAGUGAGAAACUGAGUGAGUGUGAACAAGAGAAUGAAUAAGAGAGAUGGCAUCCUCGUGCACUUGGAAGAUAGUAAGAGAGACAGAGGGUGAGACACGUGUUCAACUUUCUGUCUUCAGAGCUGAAGUAGCAUCUAAAGAUGUAGUUAACGCUCUUCUCUAUGACUGUUGACAAAUCAGAUCAUAGCUUCUCUCACUCUGUAUAAGAAAGGUUGUUUUGUUUUGUUUUUUCACAUGAAACAAAAAAAUCUACAAUUAACCUCCCUACAGUCUAGAGGAAUUAACUUAUAACCUUACAUCCUCCAAGCUCAUUGAUUUUUGUUUCUGAUGUUGCCAAUUACCAGGCUUCAUUUCUGAACAAUGGAAGAUGGUUCACGUUAACUCAAAGGCUUCAAAGCUGUUAAGAAGUUGAAGAAACUGUUUGUUAUGGUGCCCAAGUGACUUGUGUCUGAUGCUGUGCCUUGUUGCCAGAAACGUUUGCACUUGUUGGGCCUUUUUCUAAUACAUAGUUAGUUAGACUGCGUCAGUGGCAAAAUAAAUCUUUGUGGGUUGGUGUUAGAAGAGAGAGGGGUUUCGUAAUGCAGGUGGGAUCACCCAUCACACCACAGCUAACAUUAUUCAGGUUAACAUUCCUUGUGCGCCCUCCAUUAGGGUGCUACCAACUAUUAGACUUUAGCACCCUGAGAAGGCUUGUUUGCCAUUAGGAAUGACACAACCAGAGCACUUAAGAGUGAAAAUGGAAAGUUACUUCAGUACAAGAGAAAGGCUAUUAUAAGGUUGGAAGAAAUCCAAAGACCCUCAUUUCCCCUUUAUAAAAAGUUAAGAUUUCUUAAAGAAGUUGACAUUUUCUAAUUUUUAAACUCAUAUUUUAUUUAUCGCAUCUUUGUGUCUCACUUGGUACAACAAACAUUUGUUACAUGGUGUAAAAGACCCUAUAAAGAGGGCCUUAUAAAAGCACAAAGCAUUACACAUCAGUUUAAAUGUGUCUAAUCUGUGAAUAUUCUAUUUUUAUAUACUUUCCAGAUUAAAAAAAUACAUAAAUAAAGUAAAUAUAAGUUAACAACAAUACAUUUCGACACCACUGUAAGCUGUUCAGGCACUCUCUUCAUAACAUUUAACCUUACUUCAGUAUAUGUAUGAAUGUUUAUACAGCUGUAUACACUUACAGUUCAGAUUCUGCCCCCUAGGGUGAACUCUAUAUAAAUCCAAGGACCUUGAUUUAGAUUCAGCUUGAGUGUAAUUGAACCCCUCCAGGGGAAACAAAGCAGAAUCCAGCAAACAAAUAUAAUUUAGAAGGAAUAUACUAUGCAUAAUGCACAAGACAACUGAUGCAAUCAUAACUAUCAUUAAUGUAUAUACUGCAGUAUAAAAAACUGUAAGAAGAAAAGGCUGUGAUAGUGGAGGGAGAAAUCAGCACAACCAGUAAAAGCAGUGUGUUGGGGGUAAGAGGUAUGCUAGUAAUGGCAGUAAGCAGCACAAUCGCUCAGCAAAAGCCAAGUGCUGUAAGCAAAGUUUAUUUAUACAAAGUUUAUUUUACAAAGUUCUUCAGAAUGAUUAGAAAUGCUAAAAUACACAGAAAAAUUAAGGAAAAGAAAGCAAGAAAAUAACCAAUAAAAUGCCUCAGAAAAGGGUUUUAUGAUUUGUUAUAAAAGGAAGUCCACACCAAAAGAAGGCUGGAUGACCAUGGACAGUGUAGCCAAGAUUCAUGAUGAAAACCCACAUCUGCGCUGUUACCAAAAACUAAUUUCUGAAGAUGUCCCAGUGAGUGUAAAUGACUAGAGGCUAACAUUGAGCACAGUCACAACCCAGUUCACUGCACUGAAAUUGAUUAAUUUUCAGCUUCAGAACUAUUAGCACUAUUUGAGCUUCAGGCUUCCAUUCGGUGUCUCUUGAUCUCUUGCCUCUCUUGUCUGCUCAUGGAUCAACCUCUUAUACCUGCUUGAAUACAGUAUUUUUAGUUUCUAUGCUAGUGGCUGCUGGCUUACUGACAGAGAAUAGCUGUCAGAAAGCUGGUGGACAGUUGGCAAGACAGAGAGAAAGAUAUAGAGACAUUUUUUCACUACUAAAAUUGUAAUCAUUUAUUUAGGACUGUCAUUGUGCAUUCACAGUAUUAUUCAAGUAGUGCAAAAAGCAUGAUGGCGAAAGCACAAUGCUGCACAGUUGUAAUAUUGUGAUAUACUUCUUCCUUAACAUUAAGAUACUGAUGGAAAAUUACUUUUAUGUAAUUCAGUCAGUGCCAGCAAAGGCUAUUAGAUAAAGCCUUCUUGUUAUGUAAUCAGGCCCUGGUCCUCUUGAUCCAAACUUUUGAAGUUUCUUGCACAUGCUCACAAAGAUCGCUUGAAAUGCUUAAUUGUGCUAUAAUAAUAGGAAUCCACAAGAGCAUGUGAAUUUUCUCUUCGGGUAUAUUUUCCCUGUGCUAAGCCCACUCCAGUGCACUUCCCCUUUAACACUAAUCCACUCAGGAAAUUGGGGUUUCAUUAGAACGAAUAAAUGGAGACACCAUUUCACAUGAGUGGUUUAAAUAGCUGAGUCGAAAUACGUUAUCAGCGGCUGAUAUGUCAUUCAGUUGGCCUCCCUGAAUGGGUUGAAAUGAGGUGUCAUUGAGCCUCACGUUGAUAGCAGGGAGGAGAUGAGAGAUCUGUGCAGAGCGCAGCAGCUUAGCCAGCAAGUUCAGGGAAAGUUUUUACCUUCAUGAGCUCUGCUGGAUCGGUAGUCAAUCUGACAUUUAUCACACAAUUCAAUGUGCUGGACAUUGUUCACAUCACAGUCUACAAUUAUUGUAUGAAUAAUAUGAGUUGCAAAGAUUUUUGAUGGCAUCAAUUGCCAUACUAAGUAAUAGGUUAUCCUGGAUAUUAACUGGCUUAAGACAGAGACAGUAAAACAAGUUGUUUUCUAGUUGUUUUCCUCUCUUCUGAAGCUAUAUGAGAUGUAGAUUUGUGCAGAUGUAGUUCAGCAAGUGUUCUGAGAGGUUGAUGGCCACAUUGGAGAUACAAAGGAGAGGAGUCAAGGAGUGAUCAUUAGGUCUGUAAGAAUUUUGCCAACUGGGAUGAAGAACUUGAAUUUGACUUUGUUGUAGCACUGAGGUGCCACCAUAUGCACAAACUCAAACAUUGCCCCUAUAGGCCUAAUUAAUAGCUCUAACCUCAUCUCAACCUUAACUGACUGAAGUGUGUCAGUUAAAGGAGCUUCGAAAGAGCAUCCCAGACUACUACAAGACAGACAGACAAGAGAAUUAUUAGUUUUUAUUUUGACACUUUACCCAGGAGGAAAACGUUACCACUGGCCUUUGUGUUCUUUGUUUCCUCUCUUUGAUUGCAGGUUCAUUGGCACUUUGAGGGCAACCUAAAAUGAGGGGUAAAACUCAUGUGUUUGUACAAAGGCUGUUGGGGUUUUCUCAGGGUGUAGCUGUGUCUGUGAUGCGUUUCACUGGUUGCUGCAUUGCAGAGAAAGGCAACAUUGAUCUGAUCAGAGAGAGAGCCGCAGUGAGUCAGAGCGCCUGAGGAACAGAGCAACUGACAGAUACAAAAAGAGACCCCAUUAAAAGGCCCACAGUUGUCAAAAAUGUGACCCAACAUGAAAAAAUAAGCGCAUUGUGGGUGAUAGUUUUUUGUUUGUUUUCUUUUCAUAGACUGUUUUGUUCCCAUUCAUAUAUAUGAACUGGAUACAUAAUUUUGAAGUUGUAAUUUUUGUAUUUUAAAUGCCAUUGUUAAAUAUUACUUUUAAAAGUGCCUCUUGGAUUUUGUUUUUACUUUUUUGGAGAGAAAAUCGGUCUCUUUAAAGUUACAUGAUAAGAAAUUGGCAUUUUGCCGUGGAUAGGUUAAUAUAUUUUCAAGUCUACCUUAACACGAAAGACUCAUAUUGAAAGAGUUUCUGUAAUCAUGUGCUAAAGUGAUCCCUUCUUAGACCGAUGUAAUUAAAAUAGGGGACAAAAUGCACAUUCCUCAUUCUCUAAUUGAAGUUAAUAUGAGUUUUAGGCAGACUCAGUUAGACAAAUGAAGUGGGUGUCUUCCAGAGUCUUUUUAGCAGGAAAUUCUGUCUUUGUGUUUCUACUAUAUCCCUCUGCCGUGGCUCUGAAAGAAGACACCACAAAGACAAAAAUCCUACUAAAUAGACAAUAACUUUUGGAUAUACUCACUUGAUCUGGCUAACUCAGACUGCUGAAACCUCAUAUUCACUUCUGCUGAACCUUUAAAUGCAUUUUUGCAUGGAAGGAGGACUGUGGAUUUUGUCCCCCUUCUGUUACAGUACAGUCACACUAGGAGGAAAUCAGCAGCAAUAACAUCAAUAACUCGGGCGUAUGGGUAGGUGAGUAUUGUAUUAACAUUGACUUGAAAAAAACUGAACCUAUCCCUUAAUUAGAAAAUAAUAAAUCAAUAAUCAAAUACACAGUAGAGAACAUGCUGGCACUCAUAUUGUCACCUUGAAGCUUGAGAUCUAGCUUGUGACUGGAUUCUGCAUGUGGAUUCAGAAGUAGCUAUUUAACCUGAAUAUUAAGCAGGGAAUUUUCUCUCCAGAUUGGAAAUCAGAAUCAGAAAUACUUUUUUUUUUGUUUGUGUCAAGCAUAUAAUUAUUGCUAAUUAUAUGCUUGACACAAACAUAUUGUGAUUAUCUCAAGCAAAGUGCUAUUAGUUCAAGAACAGCCAAGCAAACAUUGAAUGUGUGUGUGUGUGUGUGUGCAUAAAUAUUAAUCACGUGGGGACAAAAAUCUCUUUACACAAUCACAAAGUGGUGACAAAAAACAUGUCCCCACGAGGCAAACCAUUCAUUUUAAGCGGUUAAGAUUUACAUUUAGGUUAAUUUUAGGGCGAGCCCAAAGGAAAUGAAUAUAACUCAAUGCAAUGUCCUCAAAGUGACGAAAACAAGUGUUUGUGCAUGUGUGUGCGUAUGUAAGAUCAGGGUCAGCUACCAAAUCCCUGCAGGUUUGUGUAUGCAUGUGUGUUAUGUACAAGGUUUAACCACCUUGAGCCAGUGCAAAUGCUCCCACAAGGUCAGGCCAGAUAGGAAAAUAGUCGAGGAUAACACAAGGAUGUGUGUGACUCUGUGUGAAGUGCAAGUGUGUGUUCUCCCCAUGGCCCAUCCAUGACCCUGUAGCCUGUCUGUCCUCCAUGUAUUUUAAUCUAUCAUCACUCCUUUCAGUGUCAUCCCAUAUGCCCGGCCACAUUCUUCGCCGCCAUCUGUCUGUCUGAAUUCAUCGGAAUCUCCCUCUCUCUCCCUCCUCCCACUGUGUUUCUCAAACUCUCUCUGUCACUUUCUCUCGUCUUUACCGGCUUUCUGACUGUCCUGACAUCUUUGCUUCCUCCCUCUCCCCCAUUUUUCGGUGCUGUUUUGCUGCAUCUGUGUCAGUGUUUUUCACUGUUUCUUAUUGCUUCUCUUCAUGUCUCUCUCACUCUUUUGCUGUUUCUGGCUCCAUUUCCUUCUCUCUUUCUCCAUCUCUAUUCUCUCUCUCUUUCUUUCUGUCUC